AUGCGUUCUACAAUCUUGCCGCCCUUAGGGUCACCAUUCCAAACGCCUUUGUCUCAGGAAUGCCGAGAAGAUCGUGCUGAGACGCCUACAAUGUGUGAAGAAGCAACUGAUAUUGUUAAGUAUGGAAAUCCAUUUACAAUGGACCGCCUUUUUGUUGGCUUAGACCCUGCAUGGGGAGGCAUUGAUGCCAUCGAAUUCACAGAACAUAUGCCAGUUUCGUUCGUCAGUAAGCUUAUCACCGCGAGGGGCGAGAGGCCAAAAAUGGAUUGCUUCAAGAGAACUUCACAUAGGCACCUGGUAAACCUUAAAGAGGUUUUUGUGACCGAAGAAUCUUUGAUUCUCUUCUACGACAAGUGGGAAGGUAUUUCGCUCAGAGAAAUUCAAGACCUUCGGCCAGCUUUCCAGCUUGGGGAAGUCGAAGUGGCUACAGUCUGCUUUCAGAUGCUUCAAGCGCUGCAAUACAUUCAUGGUACCCUAGGCAUAAACCAUGGUGCUCUCUGUGAGGAGGAUAUCUACAUCCACGACAGCGGUGAUAUCAAAAUAGCAGGAAUCGGUGAAAGCAUGGCUAGAGAAUCCAGCCCACAGGAAAAAUCGAAGGAUAUCCAGUCGAUCCUAAAGAUUGCACGGCAGCUCCUCGGUCUCCAAGGCAUCUCUGGUGGCACUGGGACAAUGGGCUUGCUAGCCCAUGACUUUACGGCGGCACCAUCCAAUACAGCUAUCGACCAGCUUCUGCAGGAGACAGUGCAUUUCAACGCAGGUUUGAAGAAUACACUGAUUGGAUAA